AUGAAGUCUUCCUUUUUGUUUCUAGGAGCCGCUGCAGUUGGUGUCCUAGCAGUCCCCGCACCUUAUGGCCAUGCCGUGCAUGAACGACGAGACUUUGUCCCAACCUCCUGGACCGAGGGGAAACGUCUGGAUGCAUCAGCCUCGCUUCCUGUUCGGAUUGGAUUGACCCAAUCGAACUUGGAAUAUGGACAUGAACUUCUCAUGGAGAUGUCCAAUCCGUCCUCGAGCCGCUAUGGAAACCAUAUGUCGGAAUCAGAGGUGCAUGAUCUGUUUGCGCCGACUAACGAGAGCGUGGAUAAUGUCCGUUCGUGGCUGGAGUCAUUUGGUAUUGCCAAGGACCGGAUCUCACAAUCAGUCAACAAACAAUGGAUCCAGUUUGAUGCUGGUGCCGAUGAGUUGGAACGGCUGCUUCACACUGAGUACUAUAUUUAUUCUCAUGCCGAAACUGGGCGGUCACACGUGGCAUGUCGCGAGUAUCAUGUUCCUCACUCGGUGCGUGAUCACAUUGACUACAUCACCCCCGGUAUCACCCUGCGAGAGGUGUCAGGUGUUGGCCGGCCCAGUAGCAAAAUGCAAAAGCGUUCUUUGAAUGGUCUGCUACCGAUCCUGGAACCAAUCCUGAAGCCUAUUGAGGAGAUUCUGGACGACGUUCUGCAAUUCUGUGACCUUGCCGUCACACCUCUGUGUAUCAAGGAAAUGUACAAUAUCACUGCCGGAACGACUGCUACAAAGGGAAAUGAAUUGGGGAUCUUUGAAUCCAUUGGCGAUGUCUACGCUCAGGGGGAUUUGGAUCUGUUUUUCACCACCCUAGCCAGUAACAUUCCCAUUGGGACCCAUCCAACCUUGAAAGGAAUUGAUGGAGGUGAGGCACCGACGUCGCUCCUGAAUGCUGGCGCUGAAUCUGAUCUCGACUUCCAAAUUUCUUACCCGAUUAUCUGGCCCCAGAACUCCCUUCUGUUCCAGACGGACGACAUGGUCUAUGAGAACAACUACACAUUCAAGGGUUUCCUCAACACAUUCUUGGAUGCUAUCGAUGGCUCGUACUGCAAUGAAAUCUCUCCCCUGGAUCCCUCUUAUCCGGAUGACCAGGAAGGUGGCUACAAGGGAGCCUUGCAGUGCGGUGUUUACGAGCCGCCGAAUGUCGUUUCGAUCUCCUACGGUAUGGCAGAGGCCGAUCUUCCUAUCGCUUACCAGCGUCGCCAGUGCAAUGAAUUCAUGAAGCUUGGCAUGCGAGGUGUCUCCGUGGUAGUCGCGUCCGGUGACUCGGGGGUAGCAGGACGCAAUGGCGACCCUACACCGAGUAACUGCCUGGGCAAUUCAAACGACAUCUUCGUUCCCGACUUCCCGGCCUCUUGCCCCUACAUGACCGCAGUCGGGGCAACCUUUCUUCCACCCGGUGCGAAUGUCCAAGACCACGGCGAGGUUGCAGUAUCUCGCUUCCCAUCGGGUGGUGGCUUUAGUAAUAUCUACGAGCGUCCCAGCUGGCAGUCUCAGGCCGUGACCGAUUAUUUUACCAAGGCCGAUCCAACAUACCCGUACUACGAGAGUGUCAACAAUAACAGCUUUGGCGCGAAUGGUGGUAUCUAUAACCGAAUUGGCCGUGGCUACCCGGAUGUCUCUGCCGUGGGCGAUAAUGUUGUCAUCUAUAACAAAGGCAUACCAACCUCCAUUGGCGGCACGUCAGCUUCAGCACCUGUCUUCGCCUCAAUUCUUACCCGCAUCAAUGAGGAGAGAUUGGCCGCUGGAAAGUCCACCGUCGGUUUCGUGAACCCUACACUGUAUGCGAACCCAGGUGCCUUUUUCGAUAUCACUUCGGGUAACAACUCUGGUUGUGGAACUCCUGGCUUUUAUGCCGCCGAGGGCUGGGAUCCUGUGACUGGACUCGGUUCUCCAAAUUACCCGGCGUUAUUGAAGGUGUUCAUGGAUCAGUAG